UUAUUUCCAUUUUCUAUUUCUACGUCUCUCUCUCUCCGAUCCACCAAUGCCCAACAUCCAGUAAGAUAUCACCGCCAUUUGUUUUUCUAAAACCAUUGCUCUCUUUUGCUAGGGUUAGGGUUUCUGCCACUAACCCGUCUUCCCCAGGACAUCCCAUACCAGGCCUUGAAGAAAGGCAAUCGUCGAUUGUUCUCGGCUUCGUGGACAGUUCAGAUCUGCUGGCUGCGAAUGUGUGAUCAUUAAGGGGUCCUCCGUGGAGGAUCCCUGUUCUAAGGAAAUCUAAAAUUGUUUUUGUUUUCUUUGGUAAUUCGAUGAUGCGCGUUGGAUUCUGAGAUGAUUGUCCGAAUCGGGCGGUCGUGAUCCUUGAGGAAGUGUGGGGGAUUCUUAGCAAAUGUUCGCUCCACGGACAGAGUCGGCCCCGCCGGAAAAUAGUGAAGGUGUGGGCACUGUAGUACUGGUUCCGACGCGGUUCGUCUGGCCUUAUGGUGGCAGGAGGGUGUUUCUCACCGGAUCAUUCACGAGGUGGACUGAACAUCUGCCAAUGUCACCAGUGGAGGGCUGCCCUACUGUAUUCCAGGCUAUAUGCAGCUUAACACCUGGGUUUCAUCAGUACAAAUUUUAUGUUGAUGGGGAAUGGCGGCAUGAUGAACGCCAACCUUAUGUGACUGGGAACUAUGGGAUGGUGAACACCAUCCUGCUAGCCGGUGAUCCCAUUCCUGCAAUCUUGAGUCCAGAGACACCUGGCUCCAGAUCACACAUGGAUGUCGACAAUUAUGCCUUUCAGCGUGUGGUGACAUUGUCAGAUGGUACCCUGCAGGAGGCAGUGCCAAGAAUCUCAGAGGCUGAUAUAGAGAUCUCUCGCCAUAGGAUAUCUGUUUUUUUAUCGUCACAUACAGCUUAUGAGUUGCUUCCUGAGUCAGGCAAGGUUAUUGCUUUGGAUGUUAAUUUACCUGUAAAACAAGCUUUCCAUAUCCUAUAUGAGCAGGGAAUUCCUGUGGCUCCUCUUUGGGACUCCUACAAGGGACAGUUUGUUGGAGUUCUGAGUGCAUUUGACUUCAUAUUAAUUUUGAGAGAGCUUGGGAAUCAUGGGUCAAAUCUGACAGAGGAAGAGCUGGAGACGCAUACAAUAUUAGCUUGGAAAGAGGGAAAGUCACAAUUCAAUAGACAAUUUGAUGAUCAUGCUAGACAAUUUCAAAGGCGUCUUAUACAUGCAGGUCCCUUUGAUUCUUUGAAAGAUGCAGCUUUAAAAUUUUUGCAAAAUGGGGUCUCUACAGUUCCAAUUAUCCAUUCUUCUUCACAGGAUGGGUCAUUUCCUCAACUGCUACAUCUUGCAUCUCUGUCAGGAAUACUCAAAUGUAUUUGCAGGCAUUUUAGACAUUGUUCUAGCUCUUUGCCAAUUCUACAGCAACCAAUUUCUGCAAUUCCUCUGGGUACAUGGGUUCCGAAGAUUGGAGAAUCAAAUGGACGACCAUUAGCAAUGUUGAGACCAAAUGCUUCUCUGAGUUCAGCCCUUUCGUUGUUAGUCCAAGCACAAGUUAGUUCAAUACCAAUAGUUGAUGACAACGAUUCAUUACUGGAUAUUUAUUCUAGAAGUGAUAUUACAGCUUUGGCAAAAGACAGAGUGUAUGCACAGGUCCACCUUGAUGAAAUGAGUAUUCAUCAGGCACUGCAACUUGGUCAGGAUGCUGCUUCUCCUUAUGGCUUUUUGAACGGGCAGAGAUGCCAGAUGUGCUUGCCUUCUGAUUCUCUGCAGAAAGUGAUGGAAAGGUUGGCAAAUCCAGGGGUGCGGCGCCUGGUCAUCGUGGAGGCUGGUAGCAAGCGUGUGGAGGGCAUCAUUUCAUUGGGCGACAUCUUCAGGUUCUUGCUCUGUUAGUCUGCCGAGCAUCAUCAGCUGAUCUCUUAGUGGGGUUAUUGGGCAGGCACCACACGCAUUCCUCAUCCUUGAUCGCAACUGACGCCUGCCUCCAUGCUUAUUGUGCUUAUGAUCCAUGGUCACUUUCCCCCCUUUGAUUGGAUGCACCUCUUAUGUUUUCAGGGCCUCAUCUUUUGGCAUUAAUGCUUCAAAAGAGGUCUGUAAAUGAGAGGGUUUGUAUUUCUUUGGUUUUCUUCUCUCCUUUUUUAUCCCUUUCAAUCAUUUUUAACUCAUUGUGCUGGUAAUGGUUGAAGAGCAUGGACAUGGACACCCCCAUAUUUCACAUUCUACCACUAACAGGAAAAAAAAAAAAAAAAACCGUCGUGAAAAGAAAGAAUGCUAUAAGCGGUUUGAUGCCGAC